UCUAUUAUGUAAUAACUUUUUUGUUCUCUAACUAUAAAAGUAGGUUUAUAUAAAAGAGGCACAGGCCUCCUGCAGAGGGAGAAGCUAGCAAGUGUGCAUGCAAACUGCAUCUGAGUAGUAUAUGUUUAGAGAGAGAGAGAGAUCAAUCCAGAGGAAAAAGUGACAGAAAGUGGUCUUCUUUGUCUGUCUCUGUCCUAAACUCAGGAACCCUAGCUAAUCUCUGAAUCCAUCAAGAAAGCUACAUAACCCUUUGAGGAAAGCUAGAGAAGAAGAAAGAUGAUGAACCUAAGUGGAACUAGUGGGAGAACAAUAGAGAGGCCACCAUUUACACCAACACAAUGGCAAGAACUAGAGCAUCAAGCCCUAAUCUACAAGUACAUGGUCUCAGGUGUUCCUGUCCCUCCUGAGCUCAUCUUCUCCAUUAGAAGAAGCUUGGACUCUUCCUUGGUCUCUAGACUCCUCCCUCACCAAUCCAUUGGGUGGGGAUGCUACCAAAUGGGAUUAGGGAGAAAACCAGAUCCAGAACCAGGAAGAUGCAGAAGAACAGAUGGUAAGAAGUGGAGAUGCUCAAGAGAAGCACACCCAGAUUCAAAGUAUUGUGAAAAACACAUGCACAGAGGAAGAAACCGUGCCAAGAAAGCUCUUGAUCAGAAUCAGACAACUGCUCCUUCAACAUCACCAUCUCUUUCUUUCCCCAACAAAGACAACCCAAUAAGCCCCACCUUGUCUUCUUCUUCCUCUAGUUUCAUUGACACUUACAGUAGGUUUGGUGUUGGUAGUAGUAAUACUAGAGGUUACUUCAACAACCAUUCUCUUGAUUAUCCUUAUCCUUCUUCUUGUUCACCUAAACAACAACAAACUCUUGAGCAUGCUUCUGCUUUGUCACUUCAUCAAAACAAAUCAUCUAUUUCUCAGUUCAAUGUCUUAGCUUCUGAAACUGACCACAAAGACUUCAGACAUUUUCAAGGGAUUGGGGAGAGAACUUUUUUUCCGGAAGCUUCUAAAAGCUUUCAAGAGUCUCCAUACCAUCACCAAGAAGCGCUAGCAACAGCAAUGAACGAUCCCUACCAUGGUAGUAGUUCUGAUCAUCAUCACACAUACUCAUCCCCAUCAUCAUCAUCUCGACAUCGAGAUCAUCACCAACAACAACAACAUUUCGUUUUGGGGGCUGACGAGUUUAACAAGCCCACAAGAACCGUCUUCUCAAACACAUCUAGACAAGGUCAUCAAGAAGAGGAGGAGAAAGAUUCACCGAAAAUAAAGAAGUCUCUUCAUCAUUUCUUUGGUGAGGACUGGGCACAGAUCAAGAACACUUCAGAUUCUUGGCUUGAUCUUUCUUCCCAGUCAAGACUCGACACUGCUUUAAUUUCUCAGGUAGCUGAAUAAGGUCAAUGAUGGGUUUGCAACCAACACACACACAAGUUUGAAACGUUGAAAGGUCAUUUCAUCUAUUUCCGUGGGACAUUGAGACAAGACACUGUUUGCAGAGACCCUAUAUGUAUACAUUUAUGUCUGAUCUCUCAAUUUUAUCUAUGUUUUAUGUUUAGAGGUCCAACAAGAAGAGUGAUCCGACAUCUAUAUCUGUGUUUCUCUGGCUUUUCUCCAGCUACUGUUUUCUUAUCGUUUUAUUUUAUUUGGUUGUAGCUGAAAGAAACACUAUAUAUAUAUCGAUUUGUUUCUUAGGACGCAAGCAACUUUAAUUGCUUACUUAUGGAAUUAAUUUAUUUG